AUGUCAAUGAUGGAAGACGAGCACAACUGCCAAGACGAGGACCAAGUGCGGUCGACGAGCAGCGCGAGUGGCGAUGAUGAUAAUCACAGCGUAUGCACCUCAACGACCAGCAUCGACAGCUCGGCUCUCCUCGCCAGCACCGGCCACAAACUCCUGCCCCAGUUUGCAAUGCGCCCGAAAGCUAAAACGCUAUUCUCGAGCAAGCUUCAUCAAAAGCUACAGAUGCAGACCGGCCAUCGGCCGAGCCAGAGUGUCUCCGCCGUCUCGGCAGCCCCCACGCCCUCCUUCGCCGACCGGCCAUUCCCCGCUCAUGCCGGAAACUCUGUGGUCACUUCUACCUAUAAACCUCCGACGAUCAGUGCUAGGGAAACUACGGAAUUCGAGGACGUCCAGGCUCGGACGUUUUGUAAAUGGCUCAAUGCCAAGCUGGAUGUGCGCAAGGUGGCCCCGAUGUCGAACUUGAGCCAAGACCUAUCGGAUGGCACGAAUUUAAUCCAGCUCAUGGAAAUCAUGGGCGAUGCUUCGUUGGGUCGUUACAAUCGGACACCAAGGAUGCGCGUCCAGAAGGCCGAAAACGUCAACAAAGCCCUCCAAUUUAUCCAAUCGCGAGGAGUCACUCUGACCAACAUCGGCCCCGAAGAUGUCAUCGACGGAAAUCUCAAGCUAAUACUGGGACUUAUUUGGACCCUUAUCCUCCGGUUUACUAUUGCCGAUAUCAGCGAAGAGGGUGUCAACGCAAAAGAAGGUCUCUUGCUAUGGUGCCAGCGGAAGACGCGAGGCUAUGAGUCCGUAAACGUCACAGAUUUCAGCGGUAGUUGGCAAGACGGUCUUGCAUUAUGUGCUCUUAUUCAUCACCAUCGACCGGAUCUGAUUGACUGGGACAAUUUGCCCCGAGGAGAUCAACACGCAUGUACCCAGAUGGCCUUUGAUAUCGCUGCCACCAGCUUAGGUGUACCCCAACUGCUUGAAAUAUCCGAUCUUUGUGAUGCUACGAAACCUGAUGAGCGAUCUGUAAUGACAUAUGUUGCUCAAUACUUCCACGCCUUUUCAUCCAUGGAUAAAACGGAAGUGGAGGCCCGACGUGUGGCGAAUUUCGUAGAGAAUCUGAAAUCUAUAUGGGCGUCGACGAACGAUUACGAGCAGCGAGUGACUGAACUGAUGGAGGAGAUCAGACAGACGAUUGCGACUCGAUUGACGAGCACUCUCCCCUCAACAUAUCCGCUCAUCAAGGAGCUUGCCGCGGAUUUCCAGAAGUAUAAGCAGACCACCAAGCGAGAUUGGGUCGCCCAAAAGAACGAGGUUGCUGGCUUGCUCGGCAAUAUCGUCACCAAACUCAGGACGUACAACUUGAGGACCUAUGUUCCACCUGAAGGAUUGAAAUUGACGGAUCUGGAGGCGUUCUGGAAAGAGUUACUGGUCACUGAAGCUAAGCGAUCAAGGUCUAUCAACGCCAGCAUCCAAGGAAUUAAAGAAGGUUUGCGAGUCCGAUUUGCCGAUUUAGCCAAUGCUUUCGAGCACCAGCUUCAUCAAUACGCCCUAGAAUUAGCAGCGCUAACGGGUCCACUAGAUGACCAACUAUCCCGCGCCAGACAAAUUCAAACAAGCCUAGGCGAUGAGUUCUCGGCCUCACUGGCGCGCGUUAAACAGGCCGAGCAGGACUGUCUAGAGGCGAACGUUGAAGAAAACGAUCACACCGUCUAUACCGCUGACGACCUCGAGUUCGAGACCGAAGAGGUCCGCAAAUCUGCCGCCCGGAAAAUCGCCUUUGUCGAGAAUCAGAUCAUCUCGGCUGGGAUGACUAAGCUCACACCGGCUCAGAUCGAAGAGUUUGAAACGACGUUCCGGUAUUUCGAUAAGGACGAAGAGAACAAACUGGGUUUUCCCGGGUUCAGCGCGGCGCUUGCGAGUUUGGGGAUUGUCUAUUCGGACUCGGAUACCGAGCAUAUUCAUCACCAGAUCGCUGGGAGAGACGGGAUGGUCACUUUCGAGGCUUUUGUUGGGUUCUUGGUCCAGAUCACUGAAGACACCACUUCGCCGGACCAAGUCAGGGAAUCAUUCAGAGGCAUUGCUGGCGAUAAGCCGUUUCUUACGGAGCUCGACCUUCGACACGCGCUCGUACCUCAAGCGACCAUCGACUACCUCCUUGCAGCCAUGCCCCCCUUCUCCUCUGACCAACGAGACAACAGCAAAUCGUUGCCCGCCGACCAUCCUUCUUCCUCUGCUUCGAACCCAGAUGAUCCGAAUGGACAAGUCUCCGAUACUCCUGCUUUUGAUUACGAACGCUUCUUGACUCAGUUAUUUGAAUUCGUUUGA